AUGUCCCUUCGCCGCCACCGCCGCGUUGGUAGCCGCUGCUGUCUCGUCUUCCGCAUCCCCCGCCCCGCCGCAUCUCCUACGCCCACACCUACGCCCUCCCUCGCCGCGCGCGUCGUCGGAGCGGGGCACGGCCACGGGCACGAUGGGCGACGCAUUUGUUCCCUGCGCCUGCUCCCUCGCCUCCGGUAUGGCUCGGAUGAAUUUGGACAAGAGUCUCCUCGUUACGCCUCACCAAAGAGUGCUGCUGCUUCACUGUAUGCAGAACCAUAUUAUUUGCCGGUUGGCAGUACUUUAGUAAGGAAAUCGUACAAAGCUAAAAGAUGGAAGAGGAGUUCUGGAGGCAUGUAUGUGAAGUUGCAUCUCCCGUGA